CUGUGUGCCACUCCGUGCCACGUAUAUGCCGAUAUUUCCGCGACGACGCGCCGUCGCACCCGCGCCGUAAAGCGCGAUGCGAAUGGCCCGUCCGUCGGGGAGCCACGAAUAAAUCUGUUUUCUCUCCCAAGCCUCACGAUGAUUCUCCAUUCAACCCACUUCCCUCGCGCGUGAUUAUCGAUUAACGAGUAAACGAUUUUUUAAAAAUGCGAUUCCACGUCGAUUUACGUCACCACAUUUUUUUCGACGAGCUCGGUCGUGUCUCGCGUACGCUCGACGUGCCCUACGAGCUGAUCUGUCAUGUUGAGAGAUCGAGCCACUCUUUGGCGUGUCAUGUUAAAGCAUUAGGCUAUUGUUUGGCGUCAAACGUAGUCCUGAAAACGUCCGUUGUUUGUUAGAUACGUGGACUCGUCCGAGUGCAAAACUCCCUUCUGUUUUGCCGUUUCUAUUGCAUAACGACAGAUCUACAUGUUUAUAUCAGGAUAUACAAUAUUUAUUCCAAAUUGUUGGCCGCUGCUACGUUGAACAGAGAGAUGGCAUAGAUCGAUGGCGUGCAACAUGUCGUUAUUAUGAGAAAGCGGAGGAGGAGCUCUUGACAAGGCAAAUUGGUGGUGUGUCUGCGUUCGAGAGAACUUGUAAAAAUAUGCUAAACGUCCUGCUCUGCCAAGCACGAUGUUUAAGUUGGAAUCCUAUAUAACACCGGUGAUUCUCAGCUAUGUAGAGAAAUAUGUAAAAAAUUUCAAGCCGGAACAGUCGCAGGUAUCUUUGUGGGGCGGAGAUGCGUCGUUUCAGAAUCUGGAUCUACGAUUAGAGGUAUUGGAGGAGCAACUUAAUCUUCCAUUUGUCUUUGUUAGUGGCCAUAUACACGAAUUGUUGAUACACGUUCCUUGGGUAAAAAUUACAUCUGAGCCAAUAGUUGUUACCAUUAAUACCAUAGAGUGUAUCUUAAAAUUAAAAGAUGAGAAUACCACAGAAACCAAUACAACGACGUUACAAAAGAAGAAGGAGAUUGAGCAAGAGGAGGCUCCACCUGGAUAUAUUAAAAGUGUAGUUACAAAAGUUAUUAAUAAUAUUACCAUUCAUUGCAACAAUCUCAUCUUGAAAUACGUGGAGGAGGACAUUGUGCUUAGCAUAAAUGUCAGAUUUUUAAGUAUGCAAACUGUCGACAAUAAAUGGGAGCCAGCGUUUGCCGAGGUCAACACUCAAGAAGUAAUGCUUAGGAAAGUUAUUACCAUCCAAGACCUGACACUGUGUCUAGAUAAAAUGGAUGCAUCCGGCAAGAUAGAGAUAUAUCAGGAUCCCGUUUUGUAUCGAUGUUCAAUGACAAUCCGAAUGAUUAUAAACUAUCACAAUAACACUUCGAAGAGAGCAUCUAUCACAAGACUUGAUCUUCACUGUGAGAAAAUGGAAUUUAGCAUGACCGAACAACAAGUACCGAUGCUCCUGAGAUUGAGCGCCUUGGUAUUGGCAUUGCAAACGAAGCAAUUUCCACCGAGCAGGGAAAAAUCUUCCAUUACCAUGGACGAUAGAGACGACGUUGCACAAGAUGACACAAAUCAGAUAGUAGGCACUUCCACGGAUGCGGUUGGAUGGGGAGGAUGGGCUUGGGAAAUGGUGUCAUCUGUUCUACCUGUUGACUGGGACAAUAAUUGGUCUGCCGAACAACAAAUGGCAUAUUCUGGUCAUACCAUACAUUUAGGCGUUUAUAUAGACGAUGCUACUUUAACAUUUAAGACUGUCGAGAGUGUCAAAGUGCAGAUAUUUUAUAAAUCUCGAAAACUUAGGUACAAAUCCUUUCUGUCGCUUCAGUUAAACGGAGUUGUGAUAGACACUUUAAUUCAAGGAAUAGCAAUGACGAGUCUCCAAGUUGGAGUAGCAUGUGUUCAGCUUUAUCCGCGAGGGACAUGCAGCUGCGGACAUGUAGAAGUUGCUGACGGUGUGCAGCCGCCUCUUUACGUAACAGCUGGAAACUUAAAUACCGACCAUUUGAAAGAUUCACUGUUUGACAAGGAGGCAGCGGAAAAUAAGGGCAAGAAAAGGGAUUACAAACAAGGAAUAGAUCAACAUUUGACGACGUUUUCGGUUGAAAAAUUAUUAGAAAGAUGUCCGGCGUUUGUGAUGGAUUAUGUUUAUUAUGUGGAAUUGUCCGAUGAAGUGACGCCUGAAAAAUUGCUCGAGCUUGGAUCAAAUUUUGAAUACAGCAAUUUUCCGGAACGCAGAGUGAUAAGAUAUGUAACUGGAGAUCUGACAGUCAGAUUGUGUUCCGGGAUUUUUCAUCGUAUCGAUACCAUCAAACAAGCUGCUGCAAAAUACGAUUACAAUCCCUACCUUGUAAUGAAACCAGAUCCUUUCAUCGAUGAAUUGCCUCCCGUCACAUUGGAGGAAUAUGAAGCGCUCAGGGAAAAUGUAUCAAUGACGGAAACAAAAUUUGUACUAAAAAGGGCAUCGCUGCAAUUACAAUUGGCAGAUCAUUGCGUCACGGGGAUACCACGACAACAUAAAACAAUCGAAACCCGGAUUACGCCAUUAUCUCUAGCUCUUACAGAUGAUCCUUUUGUAAGCAUUGAAUGCGACGAAGCAAUUGCUACCGUAGUACAGCCUAUGUAUCCAUUUAGACUCGUAGCUUGUGCAUCAAAAUUGACAGAGUUGUCACCGGAAAUGUUCACCCAGUGCCAUGCGAUUACCGAUAUACAAGUGACUGGAGUGAAGAGUCAACUCCACUUAACUAAAAUUUGCGACACUUCAAUAGUGAUGCCUUACUCAGUGGAAGCUUCUUCAAAAAUAUUGCUGUAUCCUCAAUAUUGGCGAGACAUAGACAUGAUUCAAAAGUCAUACUCCUUUCAAUCGGAUAGUAUUACUGUCACGGGGACUAAGGCAAAGUUAAUGGCCGCAGCGUCCAUUAUAACUUCUGUUUUCGAUCCUACAAGCACAACGAAUCCACUCACCUGUUCUACCCUUUUUAACGAUGCCUGUCAAGAGAGAUGUCCAGUAUACUUGGAGUUAUACCUGGAAAAUAUAAAUUGCAAGAACGUAUCAUCUUCGGUUACGAUAUCGAAUGAAGUGAAUGUAAAUUCUAUAAAAGUCUUCGCUCUCAGUGAUUCUCAACAAGCCUUUAUUCUUUCGGGUCCAGAAAAUCAUGACAGCAGUGAUGCGGGAAAUGUACCGCUGUUGUCUAUUGUAGUACAGUUUCCUAAAAACAUUGAAACGCAAACACACCCAUCGCUUGUUUCAUUCAAAAUUUCCGAAAUCAGAGCUUCCCUGGACCCACUUUUCUUUGAAUGGCUGGAAUAUCAGGCUACUUAUCACAAGUCGGGAAGUGUGCAUGUAUUGCGUUCAGACAGCCAGCAAUUAGUUACAGAAGGCACAUCGUCCGAUACGGGUACGCGGAAAAAAUUUGCGAGUCUACACGAAAGUGUGCACAGUUCGUCGGACAAAGAGAAAAAGAGAUCAGCUGUGACAGAAAAGUCGAAAACGCUACGAAAUGAUGAAACGCAAAAGAAAAGUGAAUUUAAAACCGAGGGGGAACAACAGAACUUACAGAAAUCGGGACUCUUGGUCAGAUUAGCAGAGUCGUAUUCGUGGUGGUGCAGUCUUGUGCUGAAUGGUUAUAUAGGACACAUUAUCAUUUAUAUACCGUCUAAUACAAUGAGUGGUAUUGGAGCUGAUGGCAUAGAAGAAGCGAAGGACAGAGCCUUAAUAGAAAGUUCAGAUCUACAAAUAAUGAUAAUAAAGUUACCAAGUCUUCUUAUACAUUCGUCUAAUCUAAACGCUGAGAUACUGAGCCCAUAUCUACAGAGUCUCCCUGCUAAACUACCAGAAUCCAUGUGGACACAUAGGAUGCAAAGUUUCCCAUGGACGUUGAGUCUCAUCGAUUUUCACUGUUACACGUUACAACAACACACGCAAAAGAACUUUAUAAAGAAAGUUACGUUAAAUGCUACAGUAGCUCUUACAACUAAGACAGCUGCGACCGAGUCGAAUACACUUACCGCUUUAAGCGUUUGUGUGCAUAUUGAUAAUUCGCCUAUCAUUAUUUCGCUUUCGGAGGACCAGGUUAUUUUUAUGAGCAGCAUAAUUUCAAAUGUCAUGAAAGUACUACAAACUUUAUGCGACUCCCGGAAAGACAAUAUAAUCGUACCACAGAUGAGCAACGAAAUGCAAGUUGUUCUGCCUGCUAUACCUCAAACUCCGUCCACUCCGACUCAAAUAAUAUAUCAGGAAGACACCAAUUCGACCAUGUCUACGUCGAAGGAUGAUCUGGGACAUGAAAAAGAUGGCUUAGUUGUAACGGCCUGGAUUCAGUGGACUAUAACGAAGGUAGCGAUUAAAUUAUACAUUAUGGAGCAAGAAGACACGUCUUCUUUGAAAUUAAUGUUAGAACUGGAAGAUAUUAUAACAUCGUUGGAUUUGCAAUCGGUUUAUAUGCAAUUGAAGAAUAAGAUAACAACAGCUACGAUAUUCCAUUAUAUUAGAGGUCCAUAUGCAUCGAAUUGGGAUGUCGGUGAAUAUGCCGGUUUGGUACUCUGUGGAAGAGAAGAUAGUUUAGAGAAAGGUGAUGAUUCUGGCUUCCUAAGUUUCACACUUACCCGUGCGAAAUCGGGAAAUGUGUAUACACGUUGGGGUACUCACGCGCGUCACAAGCCUCAGAAGAAAGAAUUGCUGCUUGAUUCUACAUUGUCUACGAAAGGCUACAUCUCUGAAAUACUUAUCAAAAUGCAAAUGGUCGAUAUAAUCUUACCAAUUAGUGUAAUUAGCAAAUAUACUCAACUGGUGAAACCUUUUACGUGCCUGGGCUCAUCUAUUGAAAAGAGCGAAUCUAUCCGUAAUAGAAACAUGGCAACGCCAUUAAUUGAUAUAACCAACUUAAACAAUGAAUCGUUGCCGUUGAUACAUUUAGAAUUCAAAGGUUUUCGUCUCAUGAUGCCAACUUCCACUGACACGAGCAAAUUGCAACACGAUUUAUUGAUGCUUCAGUUGGACGGAAUUCGCAUUACGCCGGAUGCGGAAAAUCCGAUUUGUAGGACUCCGUUGCGAACCGACAUAUACCAGUUGGCUGCUCGAGCAAAUAUGUUAAAUGUACCUGGUUCGGCUGUAGAGGAUCGUCAGUAUCAAAUUAGUGUUAAGGGAGUGUGCGCAUAUACCACUACUUGGAAGAAUUAUCAGCUGAGCAUUAAUAAGAGAAUGUCUCAAUCGUACUUGUAUACAAUGAAUGAGAAUCCAGCGUUGGAAUGGAAUAAGCUUGGCAAUGGUAGCAGCCUAGAUCCAUACUUUUCAACAUCUCCAGUAUUAACUAAAUUUGAUCUUUGCUUAAUUAUUGCACCAGCUGUCACAUUUAAAGGAGACACAAUAGUCUGUGGAAGUGCCGUUGAAGUGAAUUGCAUUACAGACAUAGAACUGACAAUAAAUUUAGAUCAAAUUAAAUUAAUAUCGACGCUCAAUAAUGAAUUUAUAACGUUACUGUCUGGAAAUUUCGAGAAGAUGGAUGAGAGACAUAGCUCUAAUUACACGAUUCAGAGAUUUCCUUCGGGAGCUCCAAGCAUUAAACCUAUCAGCUGGUUGAAACAGACGUCAGAUGAUUCAGAUAUCGAUUUCACAAAAGAUAGUGGUGUCGAUUUUGAAAUGUCCAGCAUGCAUUCAACGAUAAUUGGAAGAUCCACGGCUGAAACUAUGGUUCUUCCACCAUUUGAGUUUUUGGUAAACUGUGGAAAGAUAACAUUUAUCCUGUACGAGGUCCAGAGUACAUUCCUCGAUUUAGAGGAUAACGCAGAUAUACACAAAACUGACUGUGAAGAAGAUAACGACAAUGUAAAGCAGCCAUUACUUUACUUGAUGAUCAAUCAACCAAAUGUUUAUUUCUCUCAGCAACAUUUAUCUAAGAAGAUACAAAUAUCCUGUUUCGAUGUGACAACAGCGCUUGGUGAUGCACAAAAUCUGAACGUAAUACCGAGCGAGAAGGAUUUCAAAAUUUAUAUGAUAGAAACGAAGCAUGGUGAUCCACAUCCAGACACGGGUAUCCCGCCUUCUUUCGCGACAAUAAAGUCUGAAAUGAUUCUAUGCAAGAACCGCCAGUUUUUCAUCGAAAUGGGACGACCGACGAAAGUACAUCUCUCUUUAUCUCGGCUCAACCAACUCUAUGACAUACGAAAUAAGGUUUUAUCGUGUUUCAUCGAUGACGACGUUGCGCAAGUACCCGCGGAGAGGGAGACUACGCAUACGGAUUCUCAAAAUUUAGCAGCGCCGACAAGAUCGAGGAAGUUCAGUGUUCCUGAUUUACAUUUAAACACAAGGCAGAUUGUAUUAUCCUUAAAGACUGACACCGGGGCAGAAAUUAUUACCAGUUUGGCAUCGUUAAAUGGAAGUCUAUCGACACUUCUGAGACCAGACAGGAUAUACUCGAAUAUAUCGAUAGAUUCUUUCAUUGUGUCCGCCAUCUUGAAUGGAAAUAUCAAGGUGCUAUUAAAUCCGUGGUGUUGCAACGUAACGACUUGUUUACUCUGGGAGUCUUCGUACAGCAGUGAGAUCACUCCGCAGAUACAAAUACAGGCGGACAGUGAAAGUCUGUAUCUCAAUUUCGGGCCGGAUCAGAUAAAAAUUAUGAAAAUGGUGAUGCGAGAUUGCCAGUUACUGUUAAGCGAGCUCGCCUCGCUGUCUACGGGCGAAAAUAAAAAUGAAAAGCAACUCGCGCUGUCGACCGAACAGCAUUACAAGGACGAUCUGAAGGCUGGUGCGUUCCAGUUCGUCGACGGCACUGCGGACGAGUUGCCUUUUCCUUAUCAAGUGGUGUUCUUUAUUUAUCCUCAGCAAGCAAUGGCUUGGAGAUACCCGCAAUCGCGCAUGUUAACAAGGAUACACAUAUCUCCCGUGCCUUUUGAGGCAGCGGAUGCCGACGGCAAUUAUAUCGACAAAGUUCCCUGCGUUCUCGAGUAUUGGAGCGACAACCACAUGUCGUACCAGCGCUAUGCCGACUUUUACUUAUCGGAAACGGACUCCUACCGACUGGACCUGCCGGAGAAGGCACCGGCGCGGGCGGUGGCCUGCGUGUGGCGCGUAGUCAUUCUGUCCAACGGCAAGCGGCCGCUCUCGAAAAGCAUCGUUUCCGCACGCGCCCUCGCUGCCUGCCUGCGUAUCGACUCCUACUUCAAUCCCUUGUUAAUACCGAACGUACAGAUCGCCUUGAACAUCGGCGUCCUCCACGUGUCCCUCUACAAUCACAUCGACACAAGCGUGUAUAACAACUUGCCGCCACCGCUAGACAAAUAUACCCUGAAUGGAAAGAUUCCCGAGAUACAGUGUUUCAUGUCCGUGGAGCAGAAGGGGGCUAUUCUGGUUUUCAACAAGUGGAUAGACGACUCUAUACUGCUGGACAUCGGCGGCAGCCUGAGCGUGCACGUGUUGGACUACAGUCAUUUGACUAUGCAGGAAGUGCUGGAUGCCCUGGAGGGGAGAUUCCAGCUGUCGUUGUCGGACAAGGUGGACUCGUCGUUAACGUGCAACCCGUUCACGUUGAAACUGGGACCGGCGAUAACUCACACCCUCGCAGUCUCCACUCAUUUGUGGCUGGCGUCUUUCGACGAGGAGGAGAAGAGCGUGGUCGUCCUGACGCGUUACGUGAUAGCCAACGACAGCAAUAUAUCGAUACGCUUCGGCCAAAGCGGCACUGGAGAUAGCAUACUUCUCGAGAGCAGGCAGUGUAACUUUUAUUCCUGGCGGCAGAUCGGCAAUCAGACGAUACGGAUAUCGAUCGAGGAGAAUGCCUGGGUGUGGAGCCGGCCCUUUCCCGUUAACAAGGACGGGAUCCAGGUGAUAGAGUUCAACAAUUCGAUGAUCAGCACGGCGGUCUUCGUGAACGUCACGCCGCUCUCCGCCACGCAGAAGCUCGUAACGUUCUCGGGGCAGCUCGUGAUCUCCAAUCAGUUAACGGAUAACUUCGAGAUGAGGCUGGUAAAAUACGAGGAGGAAGUUGGCUCUAAGGUAACAGUCUCCAAGGAGGUGUAUCCUAUACCAGGCAAAAGCUUUCCGUCCACUAUUAUGCUCGAAAACAACAAGAAGAUGGCUAUACGGUUACGCUUCACCAACUUGACGCAUUUGUCCUGGACCGGGGACAUUCCGUUGCAGCCCAAUAUCAAAUGGGGCCAGCCGUGGCUGGUCAAAGUGCCUCUUCAAGAGCGCGGGCAGUUUUUGAGUAUCUGGGUACGGAUUGUGACGCAGACGAUACAAGACAAAAUGAAGAUUCUCGCGGUACUGAGUCCCCUCUACAUGAUCAAGUCGCACCUACCGGUGCCGGCCAGAGUGCAGAUGGAAACGCCGUCUCUCAAGACGUCGUCCAGCACGAUGGUGAACGGUCGUGGCGAGUGUCAGCAGCUGUACUGCCCCGGCACGUUCGAGCACUUCCACCAGCUGACGUUUCAACUGGAGUCCGGGGUCUCCGCGUCGAAUCCCUACGUGCCGCUCUCGUACAGCUCCGUGGAUCAACGGAAAUUCUUCCGCAGACCCGAGGUCGAGGACAUCGAUAAGCUUCUGCACGAGCUCAAGGACAGGAAGGACGAGGUGAAGUGGCCCUUCCAGGGGGACGACACCGAGGAGUGGAUAUCCGCGGAACAGCCGCAGACGCACGUGCAAGUGAGAUACCAGGACGCGGGACUGGUCUCCAGCACGCUGCUGCUGGAACUGCAGCCCUGGUGCUUCGUGAUGAACUCGCUGGGCUGCCACGUCUCGCUGGUGUCGGAGGACACGGAGCUCUGUCAGAUCCCCCACUACGGCAUAGUCACGCCGCCCAAGUUGGAGAGCACCUUUCACGUGGGCGUCGGGAUCGGCGACACCUACUACACGUCUCAGACGCUGCAGCUGGCGCGGCCCGACUGGAGCCAGAGCUUCUACAUGCCCCGCAUCUGCGGCCUCGUGCCGGUGGAGGGGAACAUCAAGACGUCCGUGGACUGCGGCGCGAGCGUGUCCAUCCUGAACGUCGGCUCGUCCAUGCACCAGGACAUGCGCCUGGUGCGGAUCGCGAGCAGCCACGUGAUCGCGAAUCUGACGCCCCGUGAACUGUGCGUGGCCACGCUCGCGGUGCACGAGGAAGCGCGGGAUCUGCAACUCCCCCACGACCUCACUCCCUGCAGCCUGAAUAUCUCGCCGUCCGAGGAUCAGAGGCAGGGCACGCCGAUCGUGCAGUGGUACACCCUGCACACGGAGAGCAACGCCGAGCCGCUCGUGCUGUACGUAUCCCUCAGCCUCGGCCACAGGUGGUCCUGUCCGAUCAGAGUGGAUCAGGCCAUGAGUCGCAGGUCCGUCGUGAUACCGAACGGUUCCUCCACCGUGCCGGUCAUCGUGACGACGCAGGAGGACAAGGGCAGCACGUUCGUCGUGAUACACAGCGACGACCAUCCGCAGCUGUCGAUCGAGAACGCCUGCGGCUUCAAGAUCCUGCUGGGGCAGGCCGACGAAAGAGGGAACGAGAUAUUGCCGGACAGCGCUCACUUCGCAUGGAUAUGCGAGGUCGACAGCGGAGCAACGUCCCACUACUCCCUUCCCUGCGUCAGUAACAGACUACCCGACACCGCGGUCCCAAGCGCGUCGAACGUGCUGCUGUUCUCCACCGUGCAGAACGAUCAGGUGGCGGAGAAAGCGAAUCUAAGGUGGUCGAGAGGCGUAAAUCUGUCCGCGUUGUCGUCCACGCCGAUAGAUCAGUACCUACGGCUACCCUUGUACGGCGACGUCAAGCUCAUAAUGCACAAUCGCUGCUACACCACUCACAUAAGCAUCGUGCCCAUCUCGCAAAUUGAGAUCUCCGCUCAAGACAUCAGGAGCAGAUUGCUGCGAAAGAAGAGCGCUGCGAGAGAUCACGACACCGUGUACAAUAAUCCUCCUCAACUGAGGAGAUCGGAGGAGGAUAAGCUACUGUCGUACGUGCAAAGUUCGAGCAGCUCGACGUCGCUGACGAGCUUCUUCUCGGCCCAGGAGGAUAUCCUGGCGGCGGAACAGACGCUCGGCUCGAGCGCGAAGCAAUUGAUUCCGAAGAUGGCGGACACAAAAACUUGCACCGACGAGGAUCGUUUCAAGUCCCCCGGCGAUUCGACUAAUUCGAGGGAGGGCUCCGUCAUUGUUUACCUCCGUGCGUGUACCAUUGUCAUCCUUCACGACGUCAAUGAAAACGCACAAAGAAUCGAAGUCGCGAGCCUGUCCAUGACAGAUUUGGUCGUCACCGUAAAUUCUAAGGCCAGAUUUAUCAACCUCUAUUGCUACAUAGGCGACUUGCAGUUGGACAAUCAAUUGUUCGAUCAAGGAGGCUUCGACUUCCCCGUGGUGUUGAUAAAUCAGAAUCCGUUGCCCAACAGGGAGAUAGCGUUUUAUAGCAAUAACUGUUUGACGACGAAUAUGGAGAGGAUCAAGCAAGAUUCUUUGAUAGCCAUCGAAUACAUCUGGGAAAUAAACGGGAAUAUGAUAGCGUCAAAGGAAUAUCGCAUGAAAAUCGCGCCCAUUAGCGCGUAUAUCGAGGACACGUAUAUAACGCAACUAUUGGAUUACGCGACUUCGAUGAUACCGUCGCGAUUGGUGCUGGGUGACGGUCUUAAGAAGAUGCAAACGAUAGCUGCCUCGAACGCAAUGUACAUACCGGACUACAUCAUGAUCGAUUCGAAAAUCUUAAGCAAACCGCUGAGACUGCAGAACUUUGUGAUAGAACCGCUGUCGAUCUUGUUAAGUGUUCACACUUCUAUGCGACUCUACGUCGCGUUGGAUCACUCCCCGCUGUAUUUCGGCACCUUCGAGAGGAAGAACCUGCUGACCACUCCUUACAGACUUGGCAAUGCACUCACGAUGCACUAUUUAUCCGGCGCCAUAUUCGGAGCAGGCUGGGUAGUCGGAUCACUGGAGAUACUUGGGUCGCCAGGAGGUUUGGCGCAGGCGCUUGGAUCUGGCCUGAGAGAUUUUGUCUCAAUGCCAUUCCAAGGACUGCUGCAGGGUCCGUGGGGUUUUAUCGUUGGAAUUACACACGGGUCAGCCAGUCUGAUGAAGCACGUCACCGCAGGUACCGUAAAUUCCGUAACGAAGCUGGCGUCCAGCGUCGCGCGGAACUUGGAUCGUUUAACGUUGGACGAGGAACACCUUCAGCGGCAAGAGGAGUCGCGCAGAAUGCGCCCUCAAGGCAUGGCGCAGGGACUCUACCAAGGCUUAACUGGUCUUGGAAUGAGUCUGCUUGCGGCCGUGGCGGGCUUGGCGCAUCAUCCGUUGCAGCAAGUGUGGUCGGGUGAGGCGACGACCAAAAGUCUAGUCACCGGAGUCGGUCUCGGUUUAGUCGGCGUCGUCACCAAGCCGUUGAGCGGUGCCGCUGAGCUGGUUGCUCUCACGGGUCAAGGUUUGUUGCAAGGAGCCGGAUGGAACUCGCUGCCUACGCCACGUCAAAGGCCAAUCGUUCAGUACACCACUGGCAAUAACAGCACAUCCGUGCGGUACACCUGGCGCCUGUCGCCUCUACUGGAUCACAGUCACGACAGCAUCCUUCAUGUGACCAGCGCGGACUACGUGAUUCAUCAGGGCAGCAAUCGCGCGGUGACGCUCGUUCUCACGCGGCAGGCUUUAUUACUCGUCAACAUGGCAGAGGACAGCGUAGAACGAAUAUUUUCGCUGAAGGAACUGACGAGCGUCGAUCACAUCACGGAUUCAACAAUGCUAUGUCUCUACUGUCCACCGACCGCUAUUCAAUUGAGCAGGCCACUAUCACCGGCUGAGCACGAGAUGAACCAAGAAAUGAGGGCGCGAGUUGAGGAAUACGUGCGGACGAGCAGUACUGGUUUGGCCAGUGUGUCGACCAAUAGCGACAGACAGUCCGACAUCUUCGAGAGAGCGUCCCCGCAUCCCGAGCAUACGCUUACGUUUUACGUCUGCCCGGACACUCGCAAUUAUUUAUUAUCACUGUUCAACAUUGCCAAGCGACAAAAUCAAUGCUCUGGUUUCGCCGUUUUGUAAUCAAAUUUCCAGACGAUUGUAAUAAUGUGUGAUAACUGAGAAAAUAUUCCAAAUAUUACGUACGUCAGUGUUCAAAAGCGCAUUCAAAUUCGAUAUGCCUUUUAAAUAUUGAAGAUGAUGAUACAUUUACAUGCUUUUUGGAACGACAUUCUAAAGCUACGUGCAAACAGUAUUAUAAUUAAAAAGAUGAAUAGAAGAAAGUAAUUUCACAAAUUCUCGAGUCAACAUAAGACUCGGAGUUUCCAAAAUGUUUAUAAUCGAAUGCCUGUCUCUACUUUUACUCAAAUACAUUGCACAAAAUUGUCGCUUCUGUUUUAUGUAUAAAGUAUACAUUAUGAGUUUAGAAUGUAUAAAUUUAUUAUAAAAUCUAGUGUACAGUAAGCUGAGAAAGGUAUAUGAAUUCUGUAAAGUAUUUAUAAUAACGUUGCUUACUUUAAAAAAUCGUGCAAAAACGUACAAAUUAAAAAACAAUACAUAAACUUAAUUUCUAAGUUAUCACGUCCCACAUAUUUAUAUAUGUAAGAGAUAAAAAAUAAACUUUUAUAUGUAUUAUUUACACACACAAUUGCAACACAACUUUACAUGAAUAUAAGUUAUGUUGUAUGUGCCAAAAUGUAUCGCGAGCAAUUCUACUAUCACUGGAAAACUAUCGUGUAAUAUUGAUCUAACGAUUUCAGUGUGUUACAAUAAUAUAUUUUGCAUACUGUGGACAAAAUCUGGCAGGUAAUAAAUGCUAAAAGAUUUAAUCAU